AUGGAAGAAAAGAUGAUUGCCUAUGAAGAAGAAGAGAUGCCUAAGUUAUCAUCAUACCAAUCUCACCACUCUUGCUUUAUCAGAGAUGUCUAUUACAGUUGUGGUUCGUGCGGUUAUGAACUCAACUUGAACUCGAGCAAUCGCAACACAAACACAACAUCUCUCAUUGAUUCAAGUUACGGAAGAUCAAUUAAGAAGAGGAAGAGAUCUCUCAUUUCGUUUUUCUCUGUUGACGAAACUAGAUUCACUCACAUUCAACAAUUCUCAUUCUCAUGGAUUUCGUUUUUCAAUUUCCAACCCACAGUAACAGCAACUAAACUACUCUGUCGAAACUGUGGAAACCACCUAGGUUAUGCUCGCACUUUCCCUCCUCACUCUCGUUCUAACUCAUGGGACGGUAUCUCUGAUUCUAGAAACUUCUACAUCAAACUCAACGCCAUUCAACCUUCCUCAUAA